AUGGCCCGACCCAGCAGCUCUCCCGACACCCACAUUCCCACCGUCGUGGAACCACUCGCUCCUUACAUCAAAUCCCGCCAGGAAACAUUGCAAAUCCGCCAGGCUCUGACGUCCUAUCUACGAUCGUUUAUCGAAUUCGACGAUGACCAAUCGACCAAUCUUGCUCGAUCCCACCUCUCCCUGUGCACGCCGACCGAUGCCGUUGCAGGCGUCAAACGCAUCCCUGCCGAUCUUCCCGGGCUGAGAAAGGAUUACCUGAAGGCAUUAGCGGCCAAUGUGGCAGCUCGCAAAGAGUUCGACUCGGCGACUGAGAAUGUCGCUUCGUUGAGGCGCGAGAGGUCAGCCCCAGCCCGCCCUUCUGACGAUGCCGAUUUGCAAGAGCCCGGCACCGAACUUCGUGAAUAUCUUGCCCUCCUACGCGAUCGACGCCGCCAUGCCAAGCUACAGGUAUUUCGGAAUUAUCUCGAAGAAAUCAAAGGGCGAGAAGCGGGCGGUUUGGAGAAGGUUGGCGAUGAAGGAGAGCACAUAUCGUUGCCAGAGAUAGAUACGGAGGCAGGACGCAGUGGCACUGGCAGUGAAACAGAUUUGGACGAUUUGGUGCAUAAUCUCGAAAGAGCUGUGGUCCGCGCGAGAACUCAAUUGGAUCAUCAAAAGCAAUUGUUCGAAAAAGCCAAGGCACAGCAUGAUGCCCGGGGUGAGAUUGAAGUUUCACCAGAUGUCAAAGCGCAAGCAUUACAACGGACCCGGGAUGAGCUUGUACAAUGGGUGGAGGAGCGGUUGGUCGGCCAGGGAGAUCCGGAGGAGGGUCUACUGCAGGAGCUUCCUCCAGAGGAGAUCGAGGAAGCCCGGCGAGAGCUAGAGGAUCGCAGGGUACAAAUUGAGCAGCAAUAUGUCGCAUAUUUGCAAGCCCGACGAGAGCUUCUUGACGCUGUCUCCAGAGCUUGUCAACCAGUCAAUGUGGCCCCCAAACCACCGUCACGACCAACCAACAAAAGUGAAGUCAUUGCAGCAGCGCCGCCGCCGAACCCAGUCGAUGUUCUUUCAUACACAAACGAAAAUCUAAUCCCACUAUAUAAGACCCAAAAGUCGUUAGCUCUGCAGAAAUCCUACUUGUCCGGGUUACUGUCGAAGGAGAAGUCUACGACACUACGCGCCCUCCAUCGUCUGAGUGAAGAAUCCCACCUCCUUCCCGAAUACCCCAAUCUCGCCCAUCAGCCGCGCUUCAAGCACUCCGCCCUCAAUCCACGAAAUCAGACGCAACCCUUGGAUCAGACCUCCGAUGAAGUGGUUAGUCUUGCCGAAGCAUGGACAUUUGCCUCUGAUGCCGCGGCUACCAAUGCACGAGAAUUUGUUCAAGAAAAGAUUGCGCUGGGUACUGAAGUUGCGCUGGACGCCCGGGAGACUCUGACCGAUGUAUACGGGACGCUCAACCAAACAUUCGACGAGGUUGUGCUAGACGAUCGGCAAAAGCGGGAUGUCUCAGAUGCUCGUUCCACAGGGAUGUUGAGGGGUGGGUCUCGGGUUGAGAAGCAGCCGAGUGGUCCUUGGUUGGGAUUGAAUGGGAAGGUGGGAGUGGCAGAAUAA